AUGGACAUCCGCACCAAGCCUUUGUGCUACGAGCUCCUGGCAGAAGUUGGGGAAGGCUCCUACGGUAAGGUGUAUAAAGCCAGAGAGCUGGGGGAGAAGCAGCGCUUCCUGGCGGUGAAGAAAUUCAACAUCCGCGGGGACACGUUCGAGAUCGGGAUCCCUGCCUUCAUGAUCCGCGAGGUUGCGCUGCUGCGUCAAAUGAAGCACUUCAACCAUCCCAACAUAGUCAAGCUUUUGGAUGCAUCUGCCAUCCCAGUGGGCAGGAGCCUGGAUCUCACUCUGGUGCUGGAAUACAUCGACCAGGACCUUUCCACCUACCUCUCCAAAGUUCCUGCUUCUGGACUGAGCCAUGACUGUAUUAAGGAUUUGAUGUGGCAGCUGCUGCAAGGAUUGGACUUCCUACACACCCACAUGGUGCUGCACCGUGACCUGAAACCAGAAAACAUCCUGAUCAGCAGCCGCGAAGAAGUCAAGAUCGCAGACUUUGGCCUGGCACGCAUCUACACCUAUAAUAUCGCUCUCACUCCAGGUGUGGUGACGCUUUGGUACAGAGCUCCAGAGGUGCUGCUGAACUCUGUUUACAUGUCCUCAGUGGACAUGUGGAGCGCUGGCUGCAUCUUUGCUGAGCUCUUCCUCCUGAGACCACUGUUUAAGGGAUACACAGAGGUUCAACAGCUGCAAAAAAUCUUUGAGGUGAUUGGUUUGCCCAGCGAGGACGACUGGCCCAAGGACAGCCCCAUCCGAUACUCAGUCAGCUGGGGGCCAAAAGGCUCCAGCAGCAGGCUGCUGCACAACCUCAGCCCCUACGCCAACGACCUGAUAUCUCAAUGUUUGGCAUUCAGACCGAGCCGCCGCAUCUCCGCUGCCAAAGCCCUGACUCAUCCUUUCUUCAUGAAGCACUGAAGAAAGGAACUCCUGCUUCUCUACUGUCAGCUUUAACAUCAGUUCACCAGCAUCAUGAAGAUCAAGGGUCAGGUUUGAGGAGAAAACGUUACGCCUUUAUUAAAACACAUUACGCCUUACUGGUAGAGCAUGAAACACUUUUGAAGGAUUGCUCCGGGACACUUUUAUUUACUUAUUAUUUGGCCACCCUUUAUAUGAACAGUGUAAAAGUAUUAAGGUUCUUUAACAUUUUUUAAUUUUAAGUAUGCUUUGUAAUUCCACAAAACAUAGUCCUGCUUUGUUGUUGAUGAGUGUUGAUGUUGUGUUGCAAAUUACCAACUACACUACAUAUUAUGAGCACCCAAUGUUAAUGGGUUUAUGUUGUUUAAACAAAGCUUUUUUAUUUCUGGGCGUGUAUAUAAAGUCAUUUAUGUUUUUUAUUUAUGGUGUUAUCUCUGUAAUAUUACACCUGUAUUUAUGUUUGUAUUGAAAGGUUUUACAAGAUAUUUUUCUACAUGAGUUACACUGUUCAUUA